GCCCUUGGUUGUCCUUGGUCCCCAAUUUGUUAUGCUGUGGCAAACCCCCGUCUCUAAAAUGAUAGAAGGAGGUACUAUAGACUUCAACUACCACCAACAUGCUCCCACACUACAAAGUAUACACUACACCAGCUGCACCAGCCAAAAGUACUCCACGGCAGUCAUCCAGUACCACCAUCCCCAUAAUAUUCCAUCCUCACCACCACCGAAGAGAGACAACAAACGAGGCAUACACCCUCGAGUUCACCAGACUCUGUACAUAUAUACUGUCGCCCGCGUCCAUGAAAGGCUGAGCAUCGCCAGACCAUCGCCAGACCAUCGCCAUCGUUGCUACUCCAACACGGACCGUGCUCCUUGGCCACCAGAUGGCAUUGAACAACAACGAUAGUCAACACCCAGGUUCACCUCACGCUGUUGGUCGACGAUAAGACGACCACCACCCUUGAGACCGCAGUCAACCAACCAACGCCCAACUCGGGCCCCUAUAACCCCAACAAUGACUCUAUUCAAUGCCCCUCAAGAUGAGGGCUAUAGCGAGGCUCCUCUGGGCACGCAGGUGGCGGCGAGAAGCUCGGGGCGCAUGGAUCCAACCGUAGCCUCGUGGUAUUCCUCGUUGGACGUCGAUGACCGCAUCAGCCUUGCCAUGACCAUUAUGGGCGACCUCCCAACAUCCGCCGUAUACGAUAUAGUUAAUGCCAUGGGCCCUUUGUUACACGUCAAUUUUUUGGACAGACUCCCCCCCGAAGUGUGCUUGAAAAUUCUGGGAUUCCUCGAUCCGUUGUCAGUGCUGCAGAUGGCUCUAACGUCGCGUGGUUCCUUGCCACUGUCCAUGGACUGGACUCUAUGGCAACAACUAUACUACAGGGAGGGCUGGCGUACCAACCAAAUCGAGCUUAAGAGCUUUGAGAAAGAGCUGAUAAACGAAUCGCUCGAGUCCCGAUCGGGAUUCCGAUCACAGGGAGGGGUGGUGCGCAAACAGUCUCCGUCCCAUGACCGAGUGCCGCCACGGAAACAAUUAAAGCUUACGGAGAAUAACAACAGGCCAGAGUUUUAUGUUAAGGACCAGGACGAUGAUUUAGAAAUGGCCGACGUUAGUCCAAGAUCUCCUCCUGAGCACAAGUCGAUAUUUGGGAGCCCAGCGCCACAGGUAUCACGAAACUUGGCCCCAGAAGGGGCUUAUGCCUCAGAACAUCCAGCUACUGCACGCAGGGCACCUCCACGGGAAAGUUUGGCACCACAACCUAUAAUGCGGCGGCCGUCAAACCGGUCGACGAAGGCUGCACCCUCGGAUCUUCCAAGCAUGUCGUCUCUGGUGGUGUUAGACCGACGGGAGAACAAACGAAAACUCAACUGGCACUAUCUUUACGCUCAACGGAGAAGACUAGAGGCCAAUUGGGAAGCUGAAAAAUAUGUCAACUUUCAACUGCCACACCCUGACUACCCUCACGAGGCACACAAAGAGUGUAUUUAUACCAUCCAACACAGCGGCAAAUAUCUCGUGAGCGGAAGCAGGGACAGAACCCUUCGGAUUUGGAAUUUAGACACGAAAAGACUUGUUAUGCCUCCUCUCCAAGGUCAUCAAGGCUCGGUCCUCUGCUUGCAAUUCGAUCCUGAUCCAUCUGAAGAUAUUAUCGUUUCAGGGAGUAGCGAUUCGACAGUGAGGGUAUGGCAAUUCUCUACGGGCAGAAUGCUUCAAGUUUUGGAGAAGGCACACCCAGAGCCAGUUCUAAACGUCCGGUUUGACCGUCGAAUACUCGCCACAUGCUCCAAGGACAAGACCAUCAAAAUAUUUAACCGCAGACCGAUGCACCCUGGCGAGCUGGGAUACCCUGGCGCGAAUGAGGGUAUUCAACCUGCGGUUAUAGUAUUAAAUAAUUACGGCUAUAAUCCUUCGCCGCGUGAAACCCUUCCUAUACUGCCUCCUUUUACCCAGAUUGGGUGUCUUGAAGGCCAUGGUGCUGCCGUCAACGCCAUUCAAAUAUAUAAGAACGAGAUAGUCUCGGCAUCUGGUGACCGCAACGUCAAGGUCUGGGAUUGGCCGCUUCAGACUUGCAUUCGUACGCUAGUUGGACAUCAAAAGGGCAUUGCUUGUGUGCAAUACGACGGCCGUCGCAUCGUGAGCGGCAGCAGCGAUCAUGAAGUCAAGGUGUUUGACAAACAGACGGGCCUUGAGGUUGCAAGCCUAAGGGGGCACACCCAUCUUGUUCGAACUGUGCAAGCCGGGUUUGGAGACUUGCCGGGGAGUGAAGAAGACGACCAAGCUGCAGCCAAGAAUGUAGACAAUGACUAUUUCAAGGCUGUCGAUAGCGGUGUCAUUCCCCGUAACCUACCCAAGACACGAAAUCGAAACGCGGGAUCGAGCAGGCCCGAAGAUAUCAUGGCAUACGGAGCCAAGCUACCUCCCGGCGGAGGGGGCGGUAGAUACGGCCGCAUAGUUUCUGGAUCUUACGACGAGAGCAUCAUCAUUUGGCGCCGAGACAAGGAAGGUGUUUGGAAAGCAAAGCACACCUUCCGCCAAGUCGACGCCGCCCGAUCCGCCCUGACCAAUUUUGAGGGAAACCGUCCCCCACCACCAAGCCUUCCAGCACAGAGCGCCGCGUAUUUCCACUCGCUGAUCGACCUCGUCGUUCCCCUCGGCGCCAAUGUGCUCCGCCUGGUCAUCCAUGAACACCCGCAAAUCAUAUGGUACAGCCGCCUAGGAUCGGCCAUCAUGGCUGAGCCACUCGAAGCCCGACGACAGCAGUUACGUGCGGUCGUCGAUCAUGCGAUGCACCGGAAUACGGGUUUACCUUCAUCGGAUAACCACGGCCUUGCAACUCGUGGGAUGGCACCUGCACAAGACGCGCCUGAAGAUUCGGCGCGGCCGCAAUCGUCGGUAGCGCAGUCGCAAAUUAUGGCUGAGCAACAAUCAACUAGCAUCCCGCAAACAAACAGUGAAUCCCCAAUUCAGCACACACAAUCCGCACCACCACCACCACCACCAAUCCCGCAGCCUCAAGCAUCGUCGGCACCGCCACUAGAUACGCAAGCCACCAUCCAGGCAGUCGCACAGGCCCAAGCCACCGCACGAGCCCAGGCCCAAGCACUCCUCCACGCGCAGGCGCAGACGCAAGCCCAAGCCCAUGCUCAGCAGGCCGCGGCUGCGGCUCCUGCAACCCCGGGGGCGAACAUGGCGAGGGUGUUUAAGCUGCAGUUUGAUGCGAGGAGGAUUAUCUGUUGUAGCCAGACGCCGAUUAUUAUCGGGUGGGACUUUGCGAAUGGGGAUGCGAAGAUUGAGGAGGCGAGUCGGUUCUUUGGGGCGGUGGAGUAAUGGGGAUGUUUAAGGAGGGGCGGGGUUUAAAUGG